GAGACGGCGAGAGUGAGAGAGAGCGGUGCGUCAGGGCACGAGGAGGGAGCGUGCACCUAGCCUGGCACCAGCGCCGUGCUGACGUCACUGUGGUGAACGCCGGUUGUUGUUGUUGGGCGCGUGGGUGAGAAGAAGGGAUGUGAGAGAGAGGGGUCAUGAGAGAGUUAGUGUGAGAGUGUUAGUGUGAGAGUGUAAGGUCAUGAGAGAGUGUUAGUGAGUGUGAGAGAGUGUUAGUGAGUGUGUGAGAGAGAGAGGUCAUGAAAGAGUGUUAGUGAGUGUGAGAGUGUUAGUGAGUGUGAGAGAGGGGUCAUGAGAGAGUGUUAGUGAGAGUGUUAGUGAGUGCGAGAGAGUGUUAGUGAGUGUGAGAGAGUGUUAGUGAGUGUGAGAGAGUGUUAGUGAGUGUGUGAGAGAGAGAGGUCAUGAAAGAGUGUUAGUGAGUGUGAGAGUGUUAGUGAGUGUGAGAGAGGGGUCAUGAGAGAGUGUUAGUGAGAGUGUUAGUGAGUGCGAGAGAGUGUUAGUGAGUGUGAGAGAGUGUUAGUGAGUGCGAGAGAGUGUUAGUGAGUGUGAGAGAGUGUUAGUGAGUGUGAGAGAGUGUUAGUGAGUGUGAGAGAGGUCAUGAGAGAGUGUUAGUGAGUGUGAGAGAGUGUUAGUGAGUGUGAGAGAGUGUAAGGUCAUGAGAGAGUGUUAGUGAGUGUGAGAGAGUGUUAGUGAGUGUGUGAGAGAGAGAGGUCAUGAAAGAGUGUUAGUGAGUGUGAGAGUGUUAGUGAGUGUGAGAGAGGGGUCAUGAGAGAGUGUUAGUGAGAGUGUUAGUGAGUGCGAGAGAGUGUAAGGUCAUGAGAGAGUGUUAGUGAGUGUGAGAGAGUGUUAGUGAGUGUGAGAGAGGUCAUGAGAGAGUGUUAGUGAGUGUGAGAGAGUGUUAGUGAGUGUGUGAGAGAGAGAGGUCAUGAGAGAGUGUUAGUGAGUGUGAGAGAGUGUUAGUGAGUGUGAGAGAGUGUUAGUGAGUGUGAGAGAGUGUUAGUGAGUGUGAGAGAGGUCAUGAGAGAGUGUUAGUGAGUGUGAGAGAGUGUUAGUGAGUGUGUGAGAGAGAGGUCAUGAGAGAGUGUUAGUGAGUGUGAGAGAGUGUUAGUGAGUGUUAGAAUGUAAGGUCAUGAGAGAGUGUUAGUGAGUGUGAGAGAGUGUUAGUGAGUGUGAGAGAGAGAGAGGUCAUGAGAGAGUGUUAGUGAGUGUGAGAGUGUAAGGGCAUGAGAGAGUGUAAGGGCAUGAGAGAGUGUUAGUGAGUGCGAGAGAGUGUUAGUGAGUGUGAGAGUGUGUUAGUGAGUGUUAGAGUGUAAGGUCAUGAGAGAGUGUUAGUGAGUGUGAGAGUGAGAGAGAGAGGUCAUGAGAGAGUGUUAGUGAGUGUGAGAGUGUAAGGUCAUGAGAGAGUGUUAGUGUGAGAGAGUGUUAGUGAGUGUGAGAGUGUAAGGGCAUGAGAGAGUGUUAGUAUGAGAGAGUGUUAGUGAGUGUGAGAGAGUGUUAGUGAGUGUGAGAGAGAGAGGGGGCAUGAGAGAGUGUGAGAGAGUGUUAGUGAGUGAGAGAGAGUGAGAGAGAGAGUGUCACAAUGAGGGUUUAUGGAAAGGAGGUUAGUGAGAGGUUCUGAGCGUCCAUGAGAGUGUUCGAGACAGAGCGAAUGGAGCAGCAAUAGGGGGUCAGAGUGUAAUAGAGAGUAGUACUGUAGCGUGUUUAGUGGUGGUGUGUACUGGUGUUUACACUUCUAUUCUUGCGUAUGGCGAUGUGUUCAGUAGCGAGCUGCCAGUGUGGAGAUCUGCCUGCUAGCCACGACGAGAGGACUUCAAAAAGAGUUCGUGUGGCGCUGCUCUUCCUCUUCUGUUGAAGGAGCGCAGACCGCAGUGGGUUUACCGUGCGAUCCAUAGUUUGGGUUGCGUUGCCACAAUCGCGUGACUUGUGAUUUGUCGUUAAUGUACCUCUGGUUCUCUAUGUGUUUCUAUGAGUCUGUAUGUACAGGGUGCUUCAAAAGAAUGUGAACAUCUUAUAUUGGAAACUAAUGGAUAAUAUAAUGUAACAUGCUAACAAAAUUAUGUUAACAAAAGUUUGUUAAUAGCUUCAAAAAGUCAAAGAGUCUCCACUUGUUCGCCAUUUGUGUCAACACGUGCCUGGAAUCUUCUCCAGGUGUUCUCCACAGCCUGGAGGCACAUUUCUUGUGGUAUAGUUACACAUUCUCAGAAGUGUUAAAACAUUUUUGAAGCAUAUUCUUGGUUCUUUUACCGAAAGAACCAAGAAUAUGAAUCCCUGCAGUUACGAAAGCUUUAAAUAUAAAGUUUUGAAGCACCCUGUAUUUGUGUCUCCAUGGGUUUACUUUGUGGGUCCAUAGUUUGGGUUUCAUCGCCACAAUCACACGACUGGUGGCUGGUCUGGUUUAAUUUUCCAUUCAUCGAGGAGGCAUGCGCAUGGGGCCUCUUGUUGAUGUUUCGAUGAGGUUGAUGGUUACAACCACCAGCGUCUUCGAGGAGGUGGAGGAGGAAUGUAAAAUCCAGGAGGUGCAAUGGUUGGGUCUUAUACGAGGUGUUUAUUCCGGAGAUGUUAAGGGACAGGGUCUCCCUGGCAUUGUGAACUCGCCUGAUGCUGCUCUCUCUCAUUGCCGCUUUUCUGCUGCUGCUGCUACUCCCACAGGCAAUGGCUGUGAGUGAAGACGGCGAAGUGCCACGGACUGGGGUCUCGCCUCCUCCCCUCGCCGCUGCCCACCAGGUAUCAACCGUGCAGCCGCUACGGGAUCUGGCAGGAGAAUAUAAGAAGCUAUGGCUUUGUGGUGGCAUCCACAGCACAAGUAGCUGUUAUCCUCUUUAACAUGAACUCGGGUUCCUCCGCAACCACCCCAAGGAGCUGCCUCAGAAGAGCACAGCUGUCCAUUAAGGUGGGAGGGGGGUCAUAGGCCCCCGGCCAUCCCAUAGAAUCGCCACGUCUGACGACUUGAUUGCAAGACCUCUUCACCACAGGACCCGAAUGCAAUCUCUGCCCUGCUGAUGAGAGCAGCUCUACCGCGUAUGGUAGUCCACGGCACCGCUCUGCAGCAGUCGCGUUGGCCUUUCCAGUGUGAGAGCUGAAGAGAUGUUGAAAUCACAAGAAAGCAGAAUUAAGGGUGACAACAACAACAAUGCAAAAUCUUCUGAGAAGUUACUCCCUUGUAAGGAAUGCGGGAAGGCUUUUGCAUUAAUUUCUAAACUGAAGAGGCAUCAGAUGACGCAUUCAAAACCGUACUUUUGCAAAGAGUGUGGAAAAAGAUUUUCGAAACUCUUCAACCUGAAGACCCAUCAGGUAACGCACACGGGAGAGUGGCCGCACGUUUGUGACGCAUGCGGAAAGGGCUUUCCACACAUAUCGCAACUCAACACCCACAAGAUGACACAUACGGGAGAGUGGCCGUACGUUUGUGAAGAGUGCGGGAAAGGAUUUUCAUGCAUUUCUCAUUUGGAAAAGCAUAAGAGGACGCACACCGGGGAAAAACCGUACAAGUGUGACGAGUGCGGGAAGGGAUUUGCCGAUAUUUCCCACCUGAAAAUACAUCAGAUGACACACACUGGGAAGUGGCCACACGUUUGUAACCAGUGUGGUAAAGGGUUUUCACAGAUCUCCCAGCUGACUUCACAUCAGAUGACGCACAGCGGAGAGUGGCCACAUGUGUGCGAUGAGUGCGGAAAAGGAUAUUCGUGCAUUUCCCAUCUGAAGACUCAUCAGAGGAUACACACCGGAGAACGUCCGUACACCUGUGAAGAGUGCGGCAAAGGCUUCUCCCAGGUUGCUUACCUCAAAACGCACAAGAUGAUACACACCGGAGAAAGGCCGUACAUCUGUGAAGAGUGCGGCAAAGGCUUCUCGCAAAUUUCCACUCUGAAGAUGCAUCAACGAACGCACACGAGGGAAAGGCCGUAUAUGUGCGAGGAGUGUGGAAAGGAGUUUUCUCAGAUCUCAAACUUGAAGACUCACCGCUUGACACACACCGGACAUUGGCCUCACGUCUGUGAAAAGUGUGGAAAGGGAUUUUCUCAUAUUUUCCACUUGCAGACACACGAGAGGACGCACACAGGUGUGAGGCCGUAUGCCUGUAAGGUUUGCGGUAAAGGAUUUUCGAACCUUUCCAACCUAAAGACGCAUCGUCGGACUCACACUGGUGAGAGGCCGCACGUGUGCAUCGAGUGUGGGAAAGGAUUUUCGUGUAUUUCCCACUUAAAGAGACACAGGAAAACGCAUACUCAUAAUGAAGAACUCUAGGAUUUGUUAAAAAUUAAUAGCAUGGCUGGCAAGUGUUCUGAUUUGACAGGACAUUGUCAAUUUUUUGGGAUAAAUACUCAUAGCCCACUUGGCCAUUCUCAUACCUGUCAAUCCCUUAUCAGUGCCCUACCUUAUUACAGACCAAUUCAGACCUUAUUGGUCACCCCGUGCCGUUAUAAAUCUCAACGUUCAUCCUACAAAAUCUCAUCACAAGAGAGAAACAAACAACUAGACAAAAAACUUUUUUUUUCACGUAUUGAAAGGCCGUAUGGACCUGAAAACUCAAUUUCCGGGCCCUCGGUUGGGAUGUUUUGGUUCGGUGCGGUCGUGAGGAUCUACACGGUGUGCGCCGUGGAGUGAGAACGAUCGAGGAAACACCUUUAGGACUCAUAUUCCGGUAAAGUCACGUAGAAGGGAAAUAAUAAAAUAAUAAAAAUGAAACAAAAUUAUCACGACGUUUCGAUUGCAACACAAGCAAUCAUCAGGUGUGAAAACCAAAACAAACGUGAGAAUUGUAUUGUUUUAUUUUUAUUAUUUCCCUUCUACGUGACUUUACCGAAAGAACCAAGAAUAUGAAUCCCUGCAGUCACGAAAGCUUUAAAUCGAAACCUUUAGGACUUUUUACGCUCCCCUGUUAAAUCCACCGCGCUGAGAUUUGCACACCCUUAGGAUGAAUAUGGUCCUGCAUUGCGUGCACUUGUUCCUGCGCUUUGCCCCCUUUAUGCCUGCUGUAUCUAAUCUUAAAAACAGAUUAGAGACGACCUGAGACAAUUUGCAAGCACCAAAAUCUUGUGGUGCUAUGCAUUUAAAAUGGAGCAGGAAUUUGGAUUCGCGCGGACCGUACAAAACGCGAGUCUUCGGCAGUCGCCCGCAGUCGAGAAUUGAUUGUCUUCCAGCAACGGUAUCUCGGCCUCGCUGUGCGCUGCGUUGCACCGCGAGUCGAGUAGAUAACCUUGCGUUCAAUAAACCCUCAGAGCCAGGAUGAA